CGAUAGGAGUUCUUAGAGAAAAACAAAACAAAUGACAGCUGACCAGCCAAGAGAUUCUUUCUCGUUUCAUAAAUCCGCGUAAUGUAAUGUAUUUUGACUAAGAACACGAAAUUAUGGACGGAGGAACAUUCAAUUGAAAAGUGAAAGUUCCGCCUAACCUGCAGUCGGCAGAGCCGCGCUGUAACGGAGCGUGUUUGUUGUGUAAAUGGUGUUUAUCUGCAGUGACACAGGUUGGCUCCAUUCCGGGAAGUAACGCUGCAUACAAAUGUUAUGGUAUUUCUUGUCGCUGUCCGUGACAUGGCCACGAUGUUUCUGUUUUCUUGUACUUACUGGUGCUGACAGGUUUAUCUUGAUACCACAGACAAACGUAGCUUGAUUUAACUCUACAUCAACUCGUAUCGUUUAUGUUUUGUACUCGUUUAUGUUCCAUUACCUGUGGUAGAGUUACUCUUAGUUAUAACUAGCCUUACAAGCAAUUAUAUCAAUGUUAUUACAACGCUAAAGACAGUUGGUUAGUAUGGAGGCCGUCCGGCCAAAGAAGACCAAGACAAAAAACAGUGGCAAAUCUCAGCUGGCCAGGAAGCCAAAGCAAAGUGACGAAGAAAAAAGAGAGGCUAUUCCCAUAAGUGUAGCAGAUGAAGCCUGCACAUCAGAUUUUACUGAUAUCCCCCUUAGUCUGCCUUAUCAGGACCCAGAGACCCUUAACCCUCCACAAGAGCCAGAGGAUAAGCAAGAGGAACAGACUUUGUCACAGAAAGUCAAGCUUCAAGAUGAGUCAUCUGACCAGCAGUCACAAGCAUCAUUUGCGAUUAUUUCCAAGUCCGAGGAUGAAUUAUCUGACAAAUGCUCAGAAAUUAAUGUCUUUGUUUAUAGUUCCAAAGAAGAGCUAAAUAAUGAUGUGGGAGAACUUACACCAAAGACACUUGAGCUGAAAUCAGAUGAACAAUCGUGGAGCAAAACUUGUACCUCCUCACUAUUUGAAACCCCAACCGCCCCAUGUGCUUCUGCUUUGUACCCGUCUCUACCCACUCUGCAGGAGCACCAUGUAGUACCUUUCUGUGAAGAAGCAUCUAAAAUCUCUGGUCGGGGGCCUGCGGUUUUGGCCCUUGCAGAACAAGAGUCCUCCCCACCAAGUCUACAGCCCAUUGAAAUCGUCGCAGAGAUCUCAAGAAGUAAACUUUAUCCAGAAUUACCCAAAACAGCUCCAGAAGUUCAGCCUUUCUCACUUGAGCAGCUAAGUGUCUGGGAGCCUGGUGGAGGCCUGCGUUCGUGGCUAGAGGGUGUUGAAGUGUGUGCGACCCAAUUCUGUACUCUCGCUAGGCAAGAAAACCAUGAAUUGACUGAACUGUUACAGAACUACUGGCGCUGUCGAAGACAACUAACACAGUCACAUGCCCAGCUGCAUACACUGUCCUCUGAUUGCAAAAGCACACAGAACCGACUCUGGAGUUUCAGAGACGAACAGCUUACACUUCAGGGAGUAUGUGCAGACCAGACUAAAGUAUGUGGAUACCACCGAUUCCAACAGGCAGACUUUAAUGAAAAUGUUCUUAUUGAACUAAAAAGACAGUUAGAAACACGCAGAGAGCUGCUUCAUCAAAAGGUGGCAUUGCAUGCUUACACUGCUCUACUGUCCCGUCUCCAAGUGGAGUCCUAUUUGUAUCGCCUUUUAAAAGAUUGUUCAUGCUCACAGAACCAGCCUUCAUCUCUUCGACCUUUAAAAGAGGCCAUAAGUGUUUUGUUCAGUUUUCUACGUAGAGUCCUGGAUGAUUCGCAGUUUCAGACAGAUAUUCAUCAUUGGUUGGAAAGACUGGUUGGAGUCCUCCUCAAUGGAGGGUCAGGAGAACAUCUUUACCUACUGUGCCAUUUGUUAUGUUGCCCUGCAGGAGUGGCAAAGUGGGCUGCGCAUUUUCUGCAGAUUCAAGUUUGGAAAAAUACUUCUGGAGUACAAGAUUUCAUGCAAGCGUUGUCCAUUUUUAUGUCCCCUGCUCGACAUCGAGAAGAAUUUCUCAGCCAUCUGAAGCCAUGUGAAAGUCAGAGCGCCUCAUCUUCUGGUCCAGAAUCUGGGAACUGGACAUUAGUUGAUGAAGGAGGAGAAGAGGAUGAAAAUCCAGAGACUAGUUGGUUGCUGUUAUGUGAAGAAGAUCUAAUAGCUUUGCUCAACCAGUUUCCUUUCCAGCAGCUCUACUCUCACAUGUUGGGAAUGAGUAAACAGGGUGUUUAUGAGCCACAAGCCUGCUCCAGUCAGAAAAUGAUGCGCAUGUUUGCAUUUGCUUCUUCCCUCAUUGAAAUACUAGCUGUUGGUUUGCAAACUUACAACAGAGCACGGUACAGACAGUUGGUCAAACGAAUUGGUCACAUUAUAAGAACGACAGUGUGCUAUGUAAGUGACCAUUGGGCCCAGUAUGUGAGUAUUACUGGUGAAGAGGGGUCUAACUCCCAAGUGCAUUCAUUGUCAUUGGAGAAGUUACAGCUGGAAUAUGAUCAUGUCUUCCUCAGAGCUGUAUUGCAUGUUCUCAGAAACAAGAGAUUAGGUAUUUGGUUGUUUAUGUCAGCGAUGCCCUAUGGGACUCUGUCCAGCUCAAUGCUAUGGAAGGUCCUGUAUGUCAUGCAGUGUGCAGAAACAACAGGGCAAGAAACCAUGGCCUGUGCAAAAGAUACAAAUCUCUGCAUCCAGGCUCUCCAAGAUCCUCAACACCAGGAGCAGUUUGAGCAGUGGCUUUGUGAAGUCAACAGCUCCGAUGGCAUCUCCCUUCUCACUGCACUUGCACAUAUGGCCACACCCAUGCAGCAUGUUGAUCGUGCCUUCAUUAAAACAGUGACUUUGCUCAUAUACCAGGUGUCUUAUGUAAGCAUGAUUACCCGAGAAAUGUACUCUAAAGUUGGACGAGAGCUUCUUGCUGCCAUUGCCACAGCACACCCCUUCAUUAUCUCUAUGCUGCUGGAGAGGCUGAGAGACACCAUACAAACCGUGGGAAUGGUGGCCCUGUACUUAUUUAAAGAACUGCCUUUAAGCCUAUGGCAGCCUUGUCCAGAGGAGAUUUGUGUCAUUGGUAGUUGGUUGCUCCAACAUCCACUUUCUGCUGUAGAAAACCGUCUAGCGUGUGUAAUACUUGAAGGUCUCAACUGGGGGUACACGCAGGAUGGAAGAUUGGCCUUACCAUCUUCUCUUCAUAGUGAGGUUGCUCUGUUGGUGGCUGAGGCCUAUCAGAAGUACCUUACUGAUAAAGCAUACACUGGCCUCAUAUCAGAGGGAAUCAAACAGGUAUCUUAUCUUGCAAGUGUCCUUCGUUUAGGCGUGUCUCCUGAGGCAUCAUUCAGUCAGUGGGCAUGGCAACUACUGCUUAGGCUGAAACUUCAUGGAAAUGCCCAAACGCCUAAAGGAGCUUGGUCAGUCCCAGCUUUAGCCUCAAAUCCACCUCCAGAACUGACACACACUCCCAGCAUGCACCCUGUUCUCAGAGCGGUAAAAUCAGGCCUCCCCAUUGGAAGUUAUAUUUCUCUUGCCAUGACAGCAGUGGGACAUAGUUUGGAAAGUUUUUGCACUGAUGGUGUCGUUUUACUAAAAAAUCUGAUCCAAUCUCGUCAUUUGAGAGCUGCUGUGCAUCUACUCGACAACAUUUUACCCCCAACGUACCACCUCAGCUUCUACCUGCUGAACAACUCACAGUUUGUAAGUUGCAUACAAACAUUCUUGCAGUGCGACAGUGUUUGUCCUCAAGGCGUCACGCAGCAGGUCACGCACAGAGUGGCGCCUCUGUUCACAGGAAACACUUAUGGAGACAAUGUCCGACUGUUAAACAGUGUCAUACAGAGCCAUGUUAUAGAAAGUUCUCGGCCUGGCCGUGUUGGUGCUGCAGCAGUACUGGAGUUUUGGGUCAGUUUGUUGACUCAGCAGAAUAUGUGGUACAGAGACAAAACCGUCCUUUUCCUCAUGGAUCAAAUCACAUCUGCUGCAUUCACUCACCACCAGGAGGAGUGUGUACAGAAACUACUGUAUCAACAACACAAGACCGCCUUAGGGUUCCAUGGAGAGCGGGGUGUGCUCUCUUCUAUUGUUGGCUGGUUUUCUGGAAAUGCAACACCUUCCUUUAUUGAAGGCCAGUCAUUGAGUGCAGAGGUGUGGUUUGCUUGGCUUGUGCUGAAUAUGGAGGGUGUGUUUGAGGAAGACUCCCAACUCAGAAGAUGCGUUGAACAAGAGCUUCUCACAGACCUCAACCUCUCACCAGAACAAGCCUGGAAGAAGGCGCAGCAGAGGCUCAAGUUGCCUGUGACCCCAUCUUUGCAGCGAAUGCAAAUUUAUCGUUGGGCCUGUCAGGCUGUGGCAACUCCCCCAGAUCACCCUCUUCUUCCUUUGGUGUGGCAGAAGUUCCUGCAGCUUUACCUGCGACAGCCCGGGCCGGAGUAUGGACUCGCUGCAGGGGGAUGCAUUGGGCAGAGAUUCUUCCUGUCUUCUUCACAAGUAGCCCUUCUUAAAGAUUUAAGACAGAAAAUUCAAGAAGUCUCAGAUUUUCAUCAUGCAGCAAGUCAGGCUCUUAGGGUCCCCCCUCCACAAAUGCCAUCAUCGGACAGUCAAGGUGAUGAAAGUCCUGGCAACCUUCAACCACCUUACCUCACCUCACCAAAGCUUCACACAGAGCUAGUCAGGUUGUUUGGGGUUUUUGGUUUAUGGUUGGAUGAUGAGAUGUUGCAAAAACAGGAGGUUUACCUGCCCUCUCUUCCUCCUGAAUAUGAACCCCACCGACUUGCACAAGUUAUGCAGCGACAACAAGUGCCCUGGCUGGAGUUUAUAGACCAAGAACGUCUGCAUUAUGAUGGAAUAGAGGUGCGGUCUUUGUGGGAAAAGGUGCAGAGUGAACCGACCUUUCUCCAAGCUCAAAGCCACACUUUGCCUGACUACACAAGCUUCAAUAAUGCAAGGGAACGAAUAUUAGAAAACUUACAAAAGCAUCCAGUCCCUCAGCCGGCUCCAGAGCUGCAGCCGCAGAAAGUGCCAGUGGCUGAUAUUCCCACAAAAUGUCUCACAGACUCGAGAGCUGCUGCUGAACUUUUGAAACAGGAUCUUGGCAUUCUACAGGAUCAAGCGAGGCUUGCAGUAGCCUGCGAAGCUCAGCAGGUGGCAUUGGAGCUAGAGCUACUGGAGAGUCUCCCUCUGUUGUAUAAAAACAGACCUGAGCAAGUCACCAUGACCCUUGAAUGUAAAGGAAAAGGGGGUCAACCUUGCCAGGGACCUGCUAAUAUCACUGUGUCUUGUGAAAAACUUCAAAAACAAGAAGCAGUACAUUCUCAGAUAGCUUCACUGCGUCGGGAUAUUAAGAAGCUUCAAACAGAUGCCAUGGCCCCACCUCAUCAGGGUUUGGCCCAGGCAGCUGUUCACACGGAGAAUUUUAUCACGGCUCUGGUGAAUUUGUACAAGGCUCAGAAAUUGCCCACUGUGCAGCAUGUUGGUGUGGCCACAUUCUACCAGGUGGUCUCCUUUGUGUGUGAAGAUACAUUGCGGCAUCCCCCGACACGGCAGUACUUCUCUUCCUGUGCAGAGAUCCUAGGACAGGUAUUUAUCCAGGGCAAUGCGGCAGAGUGUGGCCGAGUUUUGAAAACCAUCCUAGGGCAAAGACGUUUGUGCCCUCUCAUUUCUCCAUUCUUUACACCGAACGCUGCACCGGAUCAGCUUGUGUUUUUGUACCAAGAUGUGGUGACAUCCCUUGACCUUGACACCACUGAUGUCAUAUUUAUGCUGCUCACUAAGUUUGACCUAAUCCAGUGGCUCACUGAAACAAAUCCCAUCUUUUCUGAGAGGACGCGUUUGCUGGAGUUAGUUCAUGGUGCGCUGUGUGUGUGUGGCAAAGAACCUGAAAAGGAACUUCUUACACCAUUCCAUGUGUUCACCAAACACUGGACUCUGAUUUUACGCCAUCAUUUUCCUGACCACUACAGUGACUGUCUACGUCUGCUCAUGAACAGCUCAUCUGACCAGUUACUGAGUCCAGAGUGUUGGAAGGUGACUUUGCGUGUGCUGGGCUGCCUACCUUUAUUACACAACUUUAAGACCAAAGAUGAACAGGUCCAAAACAUUUUAGAUUCUUCUGGUCGUGCUCAAACCUCUUCUUAUAGAACCUCCAUCAGCCUCUCUCCUCAGCAGGUGGAUGAAACUAUUGAAUGGCUCAGUGAAUAUUUCCUACGAAGUCGCCUCACUAAAAGUGAUCUUCGCAGUUUUGGUCUUUAUUCAGCUUGGGCUCCCUACAUCACUGAAGUUGUGUACUUCUGGGAACAUUUGAUUGGUAGUUUAAUCAACAUACAAGCAAGCAACUGUGCCAGAGAAUCAGUGGGCAGCAGCAAAACAUUAAAAUCUUUGCAAAACUUACACAGUAAGAUUGUAAAGUUAUUUAGUCCAUGGAUCUUCCCUUUGGACACUGAAGAUGGCAGUAAUGUUAAGUGUUAUCCCUGGCUGGAAACCGAUGCAAAUCUUGCCAGAGCUUUGUUUGGACUUUACACUCAACUGACAGAGACUUUGCACCACAAGUUCAGAGACCGUUUGCUCCCUGGGCAGAGAGGUGCCCUGUGGCUGUGUAUGAUGCAGUACUGUAGGAGUUGUACUGCCCCCCGGACCCCUGAAUACUUGCUCUACCUCUAUCACACACACCUCCGCAGCCUCCCCUGGAGACACCUUUACCCAGACACUCAACUCAUGGAGCAGUUCUUCAACGUUGAAAGAGGAAGCCCCAAAAGUUGCUUUUUGUUUCUGGGAGAAAUUCUGUGUGAUGUGAAUUGGGUCAGUGUCUUAAGUGAACACCUACAAACACAUCCAUCUCUGACAUCAGAGGCUCAGAAGGAAUCCCACAAUAUGCUGGUUUAUCUGCUGUACAUGCUUGUUUUUCUUGCAAAAGAGGAGCAACUUCUAAUUCAACAAGAUUCUCCAUUACUUAGUUUGUUGGUCCAGUCCAUAUCGCUGCCAUGGCAGCGCUUGGAUUUGUCAUCAUACCAAGGAAUUCUGGGAUAUGUCAGCACCCACUACCCUCCUUCUCUCCUUCUCAGUCCUGAUUCUGCGCCUCAACUGUUACUUAAAUUACUGCGUAGCGCGGCUGGGCUACACCAUAGCCUCAGUGCUGAGCCGCAUGUGGAGGAGACACUGAAAGCAGGAGUAUACAUACGUUGGUGUGUUCAGUCAUUAGUCACUCUAGAACAAGGAGGCAGCAUUACUCUGAACAGUCUGGAGACCCAGCUUGACACACUGUUAGAAGGCAUUGUCACUUUCAACCCACCAGAAACAGGCUUGGAGCAGCGACACAUGGCAUUUUGCAAUCUCUUUAGUGAUGCACUGACUCUGCAUAAUGGUGUGGGCGUCUCAACUGGAGAGGCUCUAGCUGCUCAUGUCAUUUCUUGGCUUGACCGGAAGGGAAGGAGCUUUCCUGUUCUACCUCUUCUUACAGCUUGCUCGCGGUGUUUGGCAUCAGUCAGACACAUGACACGCAUUAUGGAGGCCUGCAUCACUGCUUACUUUAAUCAUGAUGAAGAAGAAUCUGUUGGAUGGGGUCCUGUGUUGGCAUCCCUUCAGGUGCCCGAACUCACAAUUGAUGACUUCCUGUCUGAGAGCCAAUCAGGUGGGAGCUUCCUGACACUCUAUGCCUUCAUCCUCCAGCGCCUUAACAGUGAAUACACUGCAGCCAAUGAGCGGAGGAUUUUGGCUUUAAUCAACACAUGGACCAAUCAGGUGUUCCCCAGUGGACCCAGCGAUGAGGCCAAACUGUUUCUUUGGUGGCAUAAGACUCUCUGUCUGUCAAAUGAACAGCUGCAGCCACAGGCAGGAAAUGCUGAGGUGUCGGGGGUUGUCAUGGGUCUGUUGAGGUUGCAAACAAGGUUGCUUCAGAUGGGAGAGGAGCGCUUAAACUCUGGCUUGCUUGGAGCUAUAGGUCUUGGAAAGCGAUCCCCUGUUUCAAAAAAAUUCAGAGUGGUGGUACGAUGCCUCUCGAUGUUUCUUUCAAUUCAGGUGCCAUCAGAGGCAGAGUCUGAGCUGCGACUUCAACCCACUGCUGAACUGCAUCUUUCUGUGAAAGCACAACAAGCACUGGCUGCACUGGAAGCUUUGCCAAGCAAUAAGCACUAUUCUGAGUUUGAAGAAAGUGUUAAUAAAGCAGUCCAAUUUAUGCGUCAUCCUGGACACUGUCUUAAGGAUGGACCUCGACUGCUGGCUCUGCUGGUCAACCUUUUGUAUCCGGACAUUAGAUACCUACACAUAAUCCACAAACUUUGACUUCAUCAACAGAUCUGAGGAUUUUUCCUUCACAGGCAGUAUACUCUCAUUGGAUCAUAAUGUUGCCAAGUAUUUACCCACUGGUUCCAAACUAUUAUAAUGAUUCCAUAUAUUUGCAAAUAUUAAAAAUGGCAAUUCUGUCACCUCAGUUGAUUAAUCAGGCAUCAGUCAGUUCUGUAGUAGGCCGUUUUGCACUUUGCCAUGUUUUCUCAAGUUACUGCCUUUUAAUAUUUUCACUCGGCUCACAACCAUCUGUCUAUUUAUUAUAAAGGUGAGCACAAUUUUGACCAGGACUUGGAAUUUAAUAUUAUUCAGUUUGUGUGGCAAAUGUUUAUAUUAAGAUACAACAAAAUAUGAAGGACAUAGCUUCUCACUUUAGUUGCCUUUUAGGCUUUGGCUGUAGGCAUGAGUAAAGUUGAUCGCUGUAUGUUAAACAUAUGUUUGUAGUCAGAUGUGAGCGUUAAUACUAACUUGCCUUCAUUGUUGUGCUAUGUGCAAAAAAUAUGAAAAUGUGUCUGUUUUUGACCAAAAUAUAUCUGUGAUUUCUUUAUUUCAACCAAAGAGA